AUGACACCGAACCUGGUGCCCUACCUGCUUUACGAGCCCGAGGAGUCGGGCAUCCUAUGGAUCAAGUUCAACCGGCCCGAACGGAUGAACGCGUUGAUCGGCUCAUCCGAGGAGAACGGAACCGUCGCCAAGGUGGGUGAGUACCUGCGCGCGGGAGACGAUGACCCCAACGUGCGGGUCAUGGCGGACCUGACCGGCGAGAACUUCGUGGGCAACCGUGGCACCACGGAGGGGCCGGACGCGGCGCGGGAACACUUCUUCCACGGCUUUACCAAGCUGCACCGGGACAUCUCGCAGGUGCGCAAGCCGACCAUCGCCAUGAUCAACGGCCCGGCCGUGGGGUCCGGCAUGGACAUGGCGCUGCAUUGCGACAUCCGGCUGGGGUGCGAGAACACGCGGUUCAUCGGCUACCAGCAGCUGGGGCAGAUCAUCGAGAACGGCGGGAGUUACUACCUGCCCAAGAUGGUCGGCCUGGGCCGGGCGCUGGAGUUCGCCUACACCGGACACCUGGACGCCCAGCGCGCUUAUGAAUGGGGCAUGCUGAACUACCUGGUGUCGUCAGAGGAACUGGAACAGGCCACCCGCGACCUGUGCGACCGGAUCAUCCGCACGCCGCCCAUGGUGCAGUGGAUCAGCAAGCGCAUCAUGCGCGCUGCCCUGGACAGCACACUGGAGACCACCAUGACCCUGACGUCCAACGCCGGCGGCAUCCUCAAUGGUUCUGAGGACGCACGGGAGGCGCGGCAGGCAUUCCUGGAGAAGCGGGCGCCGGAGUUCAAGGGGCGGUAG